UGAUUAACAAAUCGAAUGUUUGCGUCGGUGCAUAGAUUUGCAGGGGAUUGGCUGCAUAGAUGGUCACCGGAAGAUUCCACACCAUGGUCUCUACAGGCAGCUCGGCUGGAGCCUUUAAUUCACCCGACUCGAGAUUGGGGCGACCGAAAUCCAUCAUGCAUUGAUUUGGAAUGCUUUGAGGCCUUGCGCCGUACAGAUAUCUAUGCGUUUGGUUUGGUCCUCUGGGAGGUGUGCCGCCGCACCAUUUCUUGCGGCAUUGCCGAGGAGUAUAAAGUUCCCUUCUAUGAUGUGGUGCGGAUGGAUCCAAGUUUUGAGGAUAUGCGUAAAGUUGUUUGCAUAGACAACUAUAGACCCUCAAUAUCCAAUCGCUGGAGUUCCGAUUCGCUCCUGGCUGGCAUGUCCAAGCUAAUGAAGGAAUGCUGGCAUCAGAAUCCCAAUGUUCGUUUGCCCGCCAUGCGCAUUAAAAAGACUAUACACAAAUUAGCUGCCACGGAUGAGAAAAUACGUUUAGAUUUCGAUGAGGUCUGCGUUUAGAGAGUUAGAUUUAGUGGCAUUAGCUAACUAAUUAACGUAAUUAGUUAGGAUUGUAAUUUAAGUCUUAAUUUUUAGUGCAUAUGUAUAAAGUGAAGAACAACUAAGUCUAGAUGACAUUAGGCUAUCACCACCAGGAUUUAUGUUUCAAAAGUUUCAUCCCACACACACACAUAAUUCUUUAAUUUUGGA